AUGUAUAAUGCAGGUAGUCAUGUGGAUGCCCGUGUUUCUUCUAUCAUUAGAAAUGGAGAGUGGUACUGGCCGGCUGCUCGUUCGGACCAACUUGUCCAAAUUCAAAGUAGGUUGCCUGAGAUUCCUAUAGGUGAAUCUGAUCAGCCUAUUUGGAAUUCCAAGAAAGGCUUGUAUUCAUGUGCUGAUACUUGGGAGUUCCUUAGGGAAAAAAAACCUGUAGUUACUUGGUUUAAGGUUGUAUGGUUUCCUUUGGCAAUACCGCGCCAUGCUUUUAUACUCUGUUUCAGUCGUAGAGUAUGGAGAGCUGCUAUGGAGGGAUGUAUGACAAGACCUGAAAUUGAAUGGGAGAAAGUGAAGGGCUGGUAUGAAGCUAAGUUUACCGGCAGAAGCUUAAUGGCUAAUCUCUGCAGAUUAUGCUUAGCUGCAUCAAUCUACCAUUUAUGGAAGCUCCGAAAUGAUCUUUGUCAUGAAAACACUCCUAGGACAGAAGAGGUGGUGGUGAAGAAUAUUAGAUGGGAGGUCCGGACGAGGGUGAUGGCUAAAGGGAGGUUCAAGAGGUCUGCUCAAAAUGAGAAGCUUGCUAUGGAAUUUGAGUUCUUUGGUUUAGUUUCCUGUUUCUUCUCUGUUUUCUGUAGUAGGUUGUGGUCUCUGGUUGGUUCUGUUUAG